CAUCAUGUUCAGAACAGUCAACAGACAAGCAAGUUUAACUUCGUUACACGGGGUACAGUUGUCUGCUGUAGGCUAUAAUUGAAUAGUAGUAAAGUUACUAGUAGGCUAGCAAAACUAACACAUAGACAGCUCAGUGGCUAGGCGGAGUUGUUAGCCCUAUAAAUUAUUUGCUGAGCUGUGCGCUACCCUGCUCACGACUUGAGGAAUAGGCCUUUAUGCGUCUCGCCAAGUGGAGGACGAAGUUGCAAAGCGAUGCCGGGUUUUUUUAUGGACACUAAAAAUCAUGCAGAGAGUUCUACCUCAUUUUCCGGCGAGGAGUCUCAGAGUUCAUCAGAUUGGGGAAAAUAUGAUUUUGGCCCUGUCAGAAUGUAUAAACGAAAAGAGAAGAACCGGGAUGCUGCAAGAAAGAGUAGAAAAAAACAAACAGAGAGAGCAGAUGUGCUUCAUGAGGAGAUGCAGUUCCUAGAGCUUUCCAAUGCUGCGUUUGAGAGGGAGAUUGCAGACUUGCAAGCAGAGCUCCAGAGGUACACCACAGCCUUGCAGCAGCAUGAGCCUCAGUGCUCACUGCACGGCCAAUCAAGACUAGCAGGCAGCGUCUCCCCGCAGGUGAAGGCCUUCCAGUUUACCUCUACCAACACCUCUAUACCAGCCUUGAACAUAGACUCUGUUGCUGUCGCCAGUGCACCGCCAACUCAUCCUGGAGAGGCCAUCAGUGACUUCUCCCUCUCAGAACUCUUUCAGACUACAGAUUGGACCGCACCUUGGGAACCUGGACACUGGAGUAUACUCUGAUGGCGAUACACACUUGAAUUGAAGCUGAUUUCUGAAUCACCAAAAACCCAGGAACCCCAAUCACAACCGCUUAUCCGGCACGAGGCGGGGUUUAUAUGAUGAAAGACAGAAGAGUAUAGUGAGCAGCGUUGUUCAACUCAACCAAUGGCUUACGUAAACAACUGCAUUUAAAACCUCCAUUUACCAGAAUGCGGUAUAUGGUAGAUGUGUUUGCUAUUAUACUUCUGAAAAGACUGGAUAAGAGUUUAAUGCACCAGUUUAAUUUUAAGUAAAGUUUAAUUUCACUGCUGGUUACACCACUCGGAAAUCGGAGGUAAAUUAAAGGUCUCCAGACCCAUUCUCAUUCUGAAUUGAGAUUUCAGAAGCAGUCUGGUGAUUUGAUAUGAAUCCAUCCUUUUAUUGGACAUCAGUAUACAGUAUAUAAAGUAAAUACAGUAUAUUUCAAAUCAGUGAAAUAAUUUACAAAUUAUUGUUUUUUGUCUUAGGUAAAUAUAUAUAUA